AAUCAUGAUCACAAACAGGGUGAAAUGAUCGAGGCUACCAUGCAUUAUUCCAUAGCAGAGCAAUACAAGAAUUACUUAAGGGAAGGAGGAAUAUAUGGAGUCUCCCAAUUCAUAGUCCGUUCAAAUAACCAGAGGUUCAAACUCACUCCACAUCAAUAUGUCCUUCGGCUGACAAAAAAAACUAUUAUUUUUGCACUGACUGGAAACUUACCCACGAUACCUACCAACAAAUUCUGGCUAAAGAACUACAACAGCCUACAAAGUUUAGGAGGCACAAACACUGAGCUACCAGAUGUCAUCGGCAAGAUACGAAUUAUACAAGGUAUAAAUCUCAGACAACCAAACUCCAAAACAAUUGUUUGGGUAGGCCUCGAAAUCACCAGAAACACCAUCAUCAAAGUCUUAAUAUGGGAUGAACAGGCAGCGUAUUUCCGCCAAGCCUUAUGCAUCAAAGAUCUGAAACACUCAACUAUGCUGAUCACAAGCAUCAACCCAAAAAUAUAUAAAGGGAAACUACAGCUUCAUACAACCCCAGUGUCAAGAUUUUACUUCGAUUGCACAUUGGCAUCUCUCAGAAGAAGACGGCGAUGACUACAAUCCAACAAUAGAUGCGACAAUUUAGUUCACCCAUCGAAAAUAAUACCGAUAUUAUUUGCAUGACAUAUCUACUUUCCCACCAAUGUUCAAUAAGGAAAAAAAGUCAUUCCAAAAAAUCUCAUAUACUCCCUUAAAAAAAAGAACCAGGAAAAAAAAAACAAACAUGUCUACGUAAACAAACAAAAACUAUAAUGGGUGUACUUUUAAAAACAAGACUACAGAUAAGCCCAAACCAAACAUAUCCAACAAAACAAAUCCAUUGUCUCUACGUAAUCAAACCCAAAAAAAAAAAUGGGGUACAAUAAUAAUAAUAAGAGGAUUACAGAUAGGCCUACAGUUAUUGUACAAAAUACACACCAAUAUAAGCCCAUUUCAUAUUAAUACAGAUUAUACAACACCUAAACAGCCCAAUAGUAAUUUAAACCUAAAUCUUCUUCAACCCUCAUACCAUCGAAGCUUCACCAUUUCUGUUACACAGCAAACAAAUCGAUUGACAUCCCUCACAGUUACAGGAGCUUUCAAUUCAGGCGAAGUAAAUGACCACUACUUUCACAAUCAAACCUCCUAACAAAGAUGACUAUAAAAACUCAGUUCCCACAACCCCACCACCACACUAUCUCCCUCACAAAUAGCUUCUAAACAAAGAGACAUGGCGCCAAAUGCUACAACUUCUACUCUGAAACCACUCUCCAUCAAAACGUUUGAUGACCUUGAAGGUGAUUUCUGCAAGGAUGAAGUUUUGGUCAGGCUGAUUCAUUUUUGGGAGUCUCGGAAUUUUAAAAAAGGCAACAUACUGAUGGGUGUAGAACUGCUCCUGAUCGACACCAAGUCAACAACGAUGCAGGGAUUCAUAUCGGCGAACCGAUUAUUCCGCUACAAACAGGCGUUGAAGGCAAACUCAAUUUAUAAGAUGAAAAACUUCAUGAUCACCGAUUGCAAAACUCUUUACAAGGUGUCAUCACACAAACACGGCAUCAGCUUCACAAACCACACAACUUUCGACGAACAAAAUGAUGCCGACCACAAAAUUGAUACCCAGCAGUUCAGGCUCCGGACUUUCCAAGAUUUAGCUCCCAUUGUGGACAGACACUGCGACCUUUAUGAUAUCAUCGGCCACAUCCGCCUCAUAAAGGGAGAUAACCUCCACAAUCCUACGCCAAUGUCUGUAGUUCCAGAAACUCCAGAUGGGAAACAAGAUGCCAUGGUUUUCUUACAUGUGCAAAUGAAAGAUGGCGAAACCGUCCGUAUAUACCUCUGGGACAAAAUUGCUGCAAAAUUCCGCACUCGCUGGAAUGAAAGUGAAACCAAACCGGCUGUAAUCUUGAUCACCACCAUAAACCCAAAAACAGUUGGAGAUGCUAUCGCACUGAGCUCCACAUCUGCCACCCGUCUUUUCUUCGAUUCUGACAUUUCUGAAACCAAAGAAUUUCCGGAGAAGCUAGGUACAGAUGGAGAAAGUGCUGCAGCUGUAAACAGCUCCUCCAGCGCAGUUACAAAACUUGAGACCGUGACGUUAAAUGAGAUUCAGAAGUUCGUACAAGAUGAAACUCCACAGAUCGCUAGCUUUGUUUGCACUGCAACAAUUGUGGAUGUACUCAGAGAAUAUGGAUGGAACUUCAUCUCCUGCACCGGGUGUAAGAACAAAAUGAGAAAAUCAGAAACAUCAUUGUUCUGCACCAAUCCCAAGUGUAAAAAACCCAACAACCUCGGCCUUCUCAGUUAUCGUAUUGAAGUUGCAGUCCGCGAUACCAACGGCCUCGCAACCUUUGUCCUUUUCGACAGUGAAGUCACCAAACUUUGUGGCCGAGAAGCUCCAGAAGUUAUGAACAAAAUGAAAGCGGUGUUUUAACUCUGUUUUCAAAGGUUUUUAAAGUGUUUUCAAUGUUUUAGA